AGCGCGGCGGCUCCCAGCCUCCUGUUGCUGGACUACGACGGGUCGGUGCUGCCCUUCCUCGGGGGCCUGGGCGGGGGCUACCAGAAGACCCUCGUGCUGCUCACCUGGAUCCCGGCGCUGUUCAUCGGCUUCAGCCAGUUCUCGGACUCCUUCCUUUUGGACCAGCCGAACUUCUGGUGCCGCGAGGCCGGCAAAGGCGCCGAGCUGGCGGGAGUCACCUCCACUGGCCGGUGGGGAGCCUACGACGGAGCCAACUGGAACAGCCCCCCGACCACCUCCUUCUCCACGGCCGCCUGGGGGCCCGCGGGCAACCUCAGCAACAGCAGCGGAGCGGACAGGGGCGACACGCCACCCCUGUGGUCCCCUCCGGACAAGGGGGACAACGCCUCUAACUGCGACUGCCACGCGUGGAACUAUGGCAUCCGCACAGGCCUCGUCCAAAACGUGGUCAGCAAGUGGGAUCUUGUGUGUGAUAAUGCCUGGAAGGUCCAUAUCGCUAAGUUCUCCUUACUGGUUGGAUUAAUCUUUGGCUACCUAAUAACUGGAUGCAUUGCUGACUGGGUCGGCCGGCGGCCUGUGCUGCUCUGUUCCAUCAUCUUCAUUCUGAUCUUUGGCCUGACCGUGGCCCUGUCCGUGAAUGUGACGAUGUUCAGCACACUCAGGUUCUUCGAAGGAUUCUGCCUGGCUGGAAUAAUCCUCACCUUGUAUGCAUUACGAAUAGAGCUGUGUCCCCCUGGAAAACGGUUCAUGAUCACCAUGGUGGCGAGCUUCGUGGCCAUGGCGGGGCAGCUCCUCAUGCCUGGGCUGGCGGCGUUGUGCCGGGACUGGCAGGUGCUGCAGGCGCUCAUCAUCUGCCCCUUCCUGCUCAUGCUGCUGUACUGGUCGGUAUUCCCCGAGUCCCUCCGGUGGCUGAUGGCUACCCAGCAGUUUGAGUCUGCGAAGAAGUUGAUCCUGCACUUCACCCAAAAGAACUCCAUGAACACCGAGACUGACAUCAAAGGCGUGAUGCCCGAGCUGGAGAAGGAGCUGUCCCGGAGGCCCAAGAAGGUCUGCAUCGUGAAGAUGGUGGGAACCCGGAACCUGUGGAAGAACAUCGUGGUCCUGUGUGUGAACUCGCUGACAGGGUUCGGGAUCCACCACUGCUUCGCAAGGAGCAUGAUGGGCCAUGAGGUGAAGGUGCCACUGCUGGAGAACUUCUACGCGGACUACUACACCAUGGCCAGCAUCGCCCUGGCCUCCUGCCUGGCUAUGUGUGUGGUGGUCAGGUUCCUGGGGCGCCGGGGAGGGCUGCUGCUCUUCAUGAUCCUCACUGCCCUGGCCUCCCUCCUGCAGCUCGGGCUCCUCAACCUGAUUGGGAAGUACAGCCAGCACCCAGACUCAGAGUUGCAGCUGAAGUUGGCCGUAGGUAUGAGCGACAGUGUCAAGGACAAAUUCUCCAUCGCGUUUUCCAUCGUGGGCAUGUUUGCCUCCCACGCAGUGGGAAGCCUCAGUGUGUUCUUCUGUGCAGAGAUCACCCCCACGGUGAUAAGGUGCGGCGGGCUGGGGCUGGUGCUGGCCAGCGCAGGCUUCGGCAUGCUGACGGCGCCCAUCAUCGAGCUGCACAACCAGAAAGGCUACUUCCUGCACCACAUCAUCUUCGCCUGCUGCACGCUCAUCUGCAUCAUCUGCAUCCUCCUGCUGCCCGAGAGCCGGAACCAGAGCCUGCCCGAGAGCCUCUCCAACGGGGAGCACUACACGCGCCAGCCGCUCCUGCCGCACAAGAAGGCCGAGCAGCCGCUUGCUCACCAANGCGGAGCUGCAGGGACCCUCAGGGGCCGCCACAGGAGGAGAUAUACAGGUCAGAGCCUCCUUGCGAGUUCUGCCACAACACUCCUGCUCAUUUCUGCAGAGGAACUGCCCUCUGCCACCUGA